AUCCCAGGCAGCCGGCUCUAUCUCUUUUCAACGCUAAAGGUUGACUUUGACUUAUGACAAUUUGAGAGUCGGCAUCACCGCUAUCGACACAUGCACAUGAAAAGAAGCUUUAUAACCUGUCAUCUGUCAUGUCGACAAACAUAACGCGUUGAACGGUAAUUUUUAUAAAACAGCGAUUUUGGGAUGUAAAUACAGGUAUCCAGAAGCUUUUACAUUCAGCUGAUAUGGCUGACUCUUUGGAGGAAUUGCCUCCCCGAGAAAUGGAUGAAUCGUCUCAAAGCAUGCCCCAGCCUGUUGAGAAUCAGGGUCUACAGGCCUUACAUGAUACGAACAAUGAGUUCACUGGAUUUAUUCAACCGACUGUACUGCCAUCAGACUGGAGUGAGAAUGGUGUUUCAGGUAACAGUGAAAUGGAGCUUUCAUCCCCAGAAAAGCAGUUACCAUCGUUGCUAUCUUUGAGAGUGGAUCCACCAAAUGAUGAACCUCCAGAAAACGUGGAGGUUGUGUUGCCUCAGGUGUUAGAGGAGGUACUGGCGCUAAAAGAUCAACGAGCAAUGGAACUGGGUACAGAAGAAUUAGGUGACCGAGAAGAUCAGAAGAAUGUUGCUGAUAGCAGUGAACCUGUGUGGGAAAAAAAGGGUCAUAGUGUGAUAAUUGAACAAGAACAGGACUUGGAAUCCAAUCUUGAGUCCGAAUUUGAGGAAUCUGAGAUCGAACAUGUGAAGAGUCGAGAUCCAAAAGAGAAGGUCAGUAAAAAUAAGAAAAAGAAGAAGCGAAAGAAGAAUAAAAAACACAGGGAAAAUGAGGAGAAAGAUAGGCAACAAGGAUUGGAAAAUGGAAUAUCUGAAAAAGAUGGCGAACUUGAUGAUCAGUUAACUGAAAAGGAUUCUGUACAAAUUGAAUAUGUUCAAGAAAAAAUAGGACUCCACGAAUUAGCUCCUCAAUAUCGCCAAUUUUAUACGAUUUUUGAGCAGUUCAAAAUUUCAGACGAGCGUCAAAACAUUCCUCCACCCAUGCUGGCUAAUAUAACAGCACUUUCCAGCCAGCCAAAAUUAUUGUCUGAUGACCAAAAUGAGGAUAAUGAAGACUCAGAAGACAGAAAACUUGAAGACAAAUCUAAAAUGUCAAAACGGAAACUAAAGAAAUUAACUAGAUUGAGCGUGGCUGAAUUAAAGCAGCUGGUUCAUAGACCUGACGUGGUUGAGAUGCAUGAUGUCACGGCCAGAGAUCCAAAACUUUUAGUGCAGCUGAAAGCUCACAGGAACACUGUGCAGGUUCCACGACAUUGGUGCUUUAAGAGGAAAUACCUACAAGGUAAGAGGGGCAUUGAGAAACCGCCGUUUAAUCUACCGGACUUUAUAAAACGAACUGGCAUUAUGGAAAUGCGUGCGUCUCUUCAAGAGAAAGAUGAAUCCAAAACGUUGAAAGCUAAGAUGAGGGAAAGAGCCCGACCAAAAUUGGGAAAAAUUGACAUUGAUUACCAGAAACUGCAUGAUGCAUUCUUCAAGUGGCAAACUAAACCGAAAAUGACCAUUCAUGGUGAUUUAUACUACGAAGGUAAAGAAUUUGAGACUAGACUGAAAGAAAAGAAGCCUGGCGAUCUUUCCGAAGAACUACGAACAGCAUUAGGUAUGCCGGUCGGACCUAAUGCAAAUAAGGUUCCGCCUCCUUGGCUAAUUGCAAUGCAGCGGUAUGGACCACCGCCCAGCUAUCCCAACUUGAAAAUUCCCGGGCUUAAUGCACCUAUUCCUGAUGGUUGCACUUUUGGAUAUCAUGCUGGGGGAUGGGGUAAACCUCCAGUCGACGAAAACGGAAAACCUUUGUAUGGUGACGUUUUCGGUACAAAUCAAAGCCACAUAGAUGAUAUCGGCGAAGAUCCUUCAGUGGAUAGAACUCUAUGGGGUGAGCUUGAAUCGGAGUCGGAGGAAGAAAGUGAAGAGGAAGACGAGGAAGAGGAAACUGAAACACAACCACCGGACGAGUCAGGUUUUGUAACACCUACUGAAGGAUUAGCUACUCCAAGCGGUAUUACUAGCAUUCCGGCGGGAAUGGAAACACCUGAAGCAAUUGAACUCAGGAAGAAGAAAAUUGAGAAUGAAAUGGAAGGUAGUGAAACGCCCGUACUUUAUCACAUAAUACCGGAGAAACGGAACGACCGCAUUGGAAAUGCUAUGAUGGCAAGUACACACGUAUAUGAUCUGGCUUCUAUGGGCGCUGCUCAGAAUCCCGUUCCAAUCAGAAGACCUAAUGAAAGAGAAGGAAUGGUCGAAUUAGCUCUUGAUCCGUCUGAGCUUGACAUGGACAGUGAUGCUAUGGCCGUAAGAUAUGAGCAACAGAUCAGGGAAAAUCAGUCCCAAUUGCAGAAAGAGGAUUUGAGUGAUAUGCUGGCUGAGCAUGUUGCAAAGCAAAAGAGCAAACGCAAGAGGCAACAGCAAGAAUCCAAGACCACUAAAAAAUACAAAGAGUUCAAGUUUUAAAGUGUGUUCAGAUACAUGUAAAUCGAUUGAACAUUUUUAUUUAGUAAUAAAGUGAAUUUCCAUCUGGACGAUGACGAAAUUUGUAGAAUUAAAAGAUUUUCCACCUGUUCAGCCACGAGUUGCUUUCGUUUCGAGAAAAUAAGAUACAAAGUUUUACUUUAUAUUUAGUAGUAAUGUCACUUCAGAAAAAUGUAGGUACUAAUUAAAAUAAUAAUCCUACCAAAAGUA